CCCAAAAAAUCGAUGGCACUUCGAGAAGACGUUAUAUGGCAAGCCGGAAGCGGUUUUGAAGCUUUCAAAGGGUACAUUUCAGAGCAUGAAAGCCAUAUUUUCGGCGUUUGGAUAUCUAUAAGCCUGCUUCAAGUAACCGGUGUUAGGCCAAAAUGUACUCAAAUGUGUCUCAACUGUAUCGAAUAUACCGAUAGCUAGCAUCGCGCAUCAAUGCGAAUGUUUCCGAUUUUUUGGGUGAGGACAUCGACCACACUGAGGAUCCUGCAGCGCACAGUAUUGAUGCGCAAACACCAGCGGGAGAGUACCAUGGAGAACAUCUCUUCCCUACUGAUUUUGAUUUGCUAUCGGGAGCACCAGACAGUCAACUGGCUGCAUUUGGCAGCCCCCAAGCAGAUUACAUGACCAUGUUCGCAUACCCAGUAGCGUCCACUCAUUCCGAAGAGAUAUUGCCAGAGUGCGUGGGUCGCCGUGAGACAGCUCGUCCCAAUCCAUUUCAAAAUAGCCCACAGCUAGGCGAUCCGAUCAUGGCUCAGUAUGACGAGCUGAGUCCCUUUUACCCUGCUGAGGAUACUGUUCAUACGUCUCCAUCCUAAAGUUAGAUGUGCCAUGCAUUCGCCACGAGUAGAGGAGCAAGUCAGGCUUAGAUAGAUUAAUCAACAGGGGCCUACAAGGGACACCAGAAGGUCUUUUGACUACGCAUAUCGCUUUUGUUGGCCGAAACUGAACUGAAAACUGAACUGGACAUCUUGCAUUUUCGACGGUCCUAAAUCGCAGUAUGCUGCAUUUGCCCUGUGCCCUGUUCGCUAGAUGAAAUGAUAGACGUUGUCGCAGUGCAAGUGAAGGACCGGUCGUCGGCACUAGGGACAGUUCCCCGAGACACUAAGACUAGAUCUGCAUUGCAGCAGUUCCGGUGCGGAAGCUUAUUCCAACAUGAAGUUGACGACAGCACCGAUUGCUAUACCCAAAGGGGAUAAGUGACCGCUGCGUAUUGGUUAGCUCGUCGGUCCAAUGUCCCAUCUCUAGCUCACAGCUAAUUGGCCGGAGUCGCUCUUCAGGCAGCUAUAAUUAUUGCUGCUACCCACUGUCCGCUCUCACGCACUUCUUGCCUCCCUGC